CGCAGCCUGUGGAGUUCAACUAUGUCUUAUCUCAGGACUGUUUUAAACAACUCUGUCAUCAUUCAUCCUCCAGGCUUUUAUAUCAUCGGAUUUGAGACAUUUCCCUUCAUCAGUGUCUACUUCAUCUUUCUAGCGUUUGUUUAUGUGGUUACAUUGCUGUUCAAUAGUUUGGUGAUCUAUGUAAUUGUCUUUAAUCGUUGUUUACACACUCCAAAGUUUUUGGCUGUUGUCAACCUCGCAGUAAUUGAUGUAAUCCUUAACUCAUGCACUAUUCCCAGCAUGAUGAAGAUAUUUCUCGUUAAGGACAAUUUCAUUCCAUUCAACUUAUGUUUGGUACAAAUGUUUGUCUACUAUGCUUUUGGGACUUUGGAGUCAUAUGCACUCGCUAUACUUGCCUAUGACCGGUUGAUCGCAAUAUGUUUCCCUCUGCGUCAGAACUCAAUCAACACAAUGCGGAGCAUGUCUUGUAUUGUCGGCCUGACUUGGUGUUUUUCUCUGGGAAUCAUUGCGUUUGCAACAGUUAUAAUGACUCGACUGUCUUUUUGCAAUUCUGUCAGAGUGUUCAGCUAUUUCUGUGACUAUGCACCUGUGUUUAGACUCGCUUGUAAUGAUUACACAUUGCAGUGGUCUGUGGCUUCAACUUCUAGUAUUGUGAAUCUGAUGGCGCCCUUUACUUUUAUUUUUCUGUCAUAUGUCAGCAUCCUGGUGACUGUGUUCAGGAUGAAAUCAGUAAGCAGUAGGAUGAAAGCUCUCACCACUUGCAUUGAGCACCUAGUCCUUGUUGGUGUAUUUUACAUUCCUACAUUCAGCAUUUUCUUAGUUGGGCUUUAUGUGCGAUCUAUUGAACCGGACCAGCGUGUGCUGAGUCUGUCACUGGCCUCUUGCCUCCCACCCUGCAUCAAUCCUAUUGUAUAUUCUUUGAAAACCAAAGAGAUCAAAAUCAGAGCCCUGGCACUGGUCCAAAGAAUGAAAACAAGCCCUUGACAACUUUCCUUUCCAUCCAAAAACAAUCUGUGGAAGGUUUUAAUACUCUCAGGAAACAGGCAGGACUGUGUGUGUGUGUGUGUGUGUGUGUGUGUGUGUUUGUGGUGAGACAGGGAUGGUUUGUCUGAUUCAUCAGCAUUUCAAAACAGCCAGGUUUCCAGACAUUUGCAGUGUCAUAUUAUUCAUUCCUUAUUAUUCAGCAUGUUUUUCUUCAUAUUUAUCUUUAUUUGAUGUUCUGCCAUUAUUUAAAUGCUUGCGAAAUUCAACAAGUGAAUAAAAUACAUGUCCCAA